UGUCAUUGUCGCGCGCGCUCUUCUGCAUAGAAUCGCACGAUAUAGACGCAAAACAAUUUACCUUUAAUUUUAGGAGCAAGACACGGUUACAAACUGUAUACACUGAAUUACCUUAAAAAGCGUAAAGGACGGAUCUCCAAAGGAUCUCCAUUGUCUUCGGGACGCAGCUCUUCAGAAUAUUCCCUCAGUAAAUUCCUAUGCCACUUCUCUAGUAAGCAGGAUGAAGAUGGCGGAGAGCUGUGUGGUCCUGUUUAUCUUGGGCUGUCUGUGUGGACUGUCAUUGUCUCUGGAUCCUCGAGAUCCAAACGUCUGCAGCUUAUGGGAAAGUUUUACCACUUCAGUAAAGCAAUCAUAUGCUCGCCCGUUUGACCAAGUGUACGAAGAGACCUGCGCUGAACCCUGGAGUGCGAACAAAUGUAACCGACACAGGAUAACUUAUAAAACAGCAUAUAGACAGGUGGUGAAAAUGGACUACCGUAGGAGAUAUCAGUGCUGCCGUGGGUUUUAUGAGAGCAGAAAUAAAUGUGUCCCACGCUGCACAAAAGAGUGUGUCCAUGGUCGAUGUGUAGCACCUGAUCGGUGUCAGUGUGAGAACGGCUGGCGAGGAGACGACUGUUCCAGCUCAUGUGAUGCCCAGCAUUGGGGUCUAGAGUGUAGGCUGGCCUGCGAGUGUCAGAAUGGAGGAGUGUGUGAUGCUCUCACGGGGUCCUGCCUUUGUCCUUCUGGAUUUACCGGUGAACACUGUCAGGACCCCUGUUCCGAAAAGUUUUUCGGUCGAGGCUGUCUACAGCAGUGCCAGUGUGGAACAGGAGGGUUCUGCAAUAAAACCACUGGAGAAUGUGUGUGCAAAGGAGGUUUUACUGGAACUUUGUGUGAGGAGUCGUGUUUCAAGCCAAACCGAUGUUCUCGACGUUGCCCAUGUCAGAAUGGAGGCAUUUGCCAGGGAACGGGGGUGUGCUUGUGUCCUCCUGGCUGGAUGGGUGCAGUCUGUACCGAGCGAUGUCCACCAGGCCGGUUUGGUAGUAACUGUGUUAGUGAAUGUAUGUGCCAUAACGGUGGCCACUGUGAUCCACAGAACGGCCAAUGCCAGUGUGAUGCGGGCUACACGGGAGACAGGUGUCACGAUGAGUGUCCAGUAGGUACGUACGGUGAGACCUGUAAGGGCGUGUGUGACUGUGCUAAUGGAGCCCGGUGUUAUAACAUCCAUGGCGGAUGUCUGUGUGAACCGGGCUUUACCGGACCCCGCUGUGACCAGAGAAUGUGUCCCGUUGGCCUUUAUGGCAUUCACUGUGAACAACGGUGCCUCUGCAACUCCCAAAACACCCUCAGCUGUCACCCUCUAAAGGGGGAAUGUACCUGUCAGUCUGGUUGGGCGGGGCUGUAUUGCAAUGAGACCUGUCCUCAUGGUUACUACGGAAACGGUUGUCUGGAACCCUGCCUCUGUGUGAACGGAGGGGUGUGUGACACAGUGACCGGCCAGUGCCAUUGUGCCCCCGGAUACACAGGGAAACACUGUGCUAAACUGUGUGAGGAUGGCCUCUAUGGGAAGAACUGCUCAUCUCAGUGUACCUGUGUAAACUUUAUAGCCUGUUCUCCUAUUGAUGGCACAUGCUACUGUAAAGAAGGCUGGAGGGGACCCGACUGCGCCGUUGCAUGUUCAAAGGGCACGUGGGGUCCUGGCUGUAACUUCACAUGUCACUGUGCAAAUGGAGGGACCUGCAACCCUGCCGACGGCUCAUGCAAGUGCACAGCGGGGUGGAGAGGAGACUAUUGUGAUGAGUCCUGUCCGAUAGGCACGUUCGGCCCAGGCUGUCAACACAAAUGUGACUGUCUUCAUGACGAAGGAUGUCACAGUAUUGCAGGACAAUGUCUGUGUUUACCCGGCUGGACAGGUCUUCGCUGCACGCAGCAAUGUCCAGAAGGGACAUGGGGCCAUCAGUGCAACCAGACGUGCUCCUGCCUCAACAGCGCCCCCUGUCAGGCACACACCGGAACAUGUCUGUGCAAACCUGGAUUCUGGGGAGCUCAGUGUCAACACAAGUGCAGCGCUGGUCUGUAUGGAGAGAAGUGUAGUCGACAGUGUCCCUCAUGUGUUCAUGCCUCCUCCUGCCAUCACAUCACAGGCGAAUGUCAGUGUCUGCCUGGAUUUACAGGAUCAUUAUGUGAACAAGCCUGCCCCAUCGGUCGCCAUGGAAAGCAGUGUAGCAGCGUGUGCAUGUGCACCAACAAUGCGACGUGUCAUCAUGUAGAUGGCGCCUGUCUCUGCCCACCAGGAUGGGCCGGAUCAGACUGCUCCUCAUUGUGUCCGACAGGGACGUUCGGCACUAACUGCGCUCUGACCUGCUCAUGUCCUCCAAACCAUUCCUGCGACCCUCACACCGGAGACUGUGUUUGUGUACCUGGACCGGACACGGACUGCAAACCAGAGCGGGAGCUAAACAUGAUGGUGCCUGUGUCUCCGGUGGAGAGAGACUCAUGGGGAGCGAUCGCAGGCAUCGUGGUGCUGGUGAUUUUGGUGGUGCUCUUGUUGGCGAUUUUGCUGUUGUAUCGUCGCAGACAGCAAGACAAACAGAGCAACACACCCGUUGUUUCUUUCUCCUCGACCCGUACUGUCAGUUCAGAAUAUGCUGUGCCAGAUGUACCGCACAGCUAUCAUCACUAUUACUCAAACCCAAGUUACCACACGCUGUCUCAGAAUAGACCUCCACUGCCGCACCUCCCCAACAACCAGGACAGAGUCAUAAAGAACACCAACAACCAGCUGUUCUGCAGUCUGAAGAACAGGGAGAGAGAGAGGAGAGGUCUGUUUGUAGCUGACACAAAUGCAACUCUUCCUCCAGGAUGGAAACACCAGGAACCAAUUAAAGAUGCAGGGGCUUUUGGGAUUGAUCGGAGUUACAGCUAUAGCGCUACUCUUGGGAAGCACUACAACAAAGAUUUAAAAGAUUCUUGUGUGGCAGUGAGCAGCAGCUCUCUGAACAGUGAGAACCCGUACGCCACCAUCAAAGAUCUGCCUGGCUUGCCACCGUGUCCUCCAGAGAGCAGCUACAUGGAGAUGAAGUCUGCGGUGCCCCGAGAGCGAUCUUACACUGAGAUCAGCCCGCCCGCCGUGACCUCGUCUUCUCUAGUGUGCAGAGAACACUGUUCCCUCGGCAACGUUCUGGAACAGGAAACUCAGAAUCACUACGAUCUUCCAAUCAACAGCCACAUCCCCGGGCAUUACGACCUGCCCCCGGUACGGAGACCCCCAUCUCCAUCGCCACGGAGACUGCCACACUGACCUCCGGAUUUAAAACACUUUGGUCCUUCUUGAAAAUCACUACAAUCACUCGCAUAUGAAUGCAUUGAUGGAUAGAUGCGACCAAAAACAAUGACUGAGGCCUGAGCUGCACAACACUGCCAUCUAUUGGACACUAUUGAAUGUUCAUGGAGCAAAAUGUCUCCGUAAAGGAGGGGUUAUGGUCUUGGCCAUCCGUGCUCCACUCGCAUGAUAAUUUUCAUCAUCAGGAGGUUCCGUGACCGUCCGCACACCCCGUCCGCGAGGACCCUAUUUUUUGAGACCACGUGGACGUGACGCGUACAACAGCACAUGCACGAGAAAAGUGCAAUAGUCCUCUAGGGGUACAAUACACAGCAAGUGGGCAGCUGAAACCAAGACGGGAAAGCUAAGAAGCAUAUCCUUCUCCAUACUCUUUGGUUUUUGUCUUGCUGUUUACUCGGAUUGUUUGCAUUGGCGAAUGACUUCCUGCACCAUUAAUUUGCAGUGGGUCUUUGAAUGACGCGACUCAGCGCUGCCCUCUGAUGGUCUGUUACGGACGCGCACAGUCAAGUGUACCCCCUGCUUUAGAGGAAUUUAAAACCCAAAGCAAACUAAGCUGUCUAAAGCUCUACCAUUCUUUUCCUCCUGUGAAUAUUUUGGGUGUCUUUUGUAACAACUGACGAACAAGAACCAGCUUUAAAUAGCAUUUAACAAUUUGCUGCAUACUGCAUAUUUGCACAUGUUUUUUUGGCAGUUUUUUUAAUAGAAAUAUUUUCCUGCCGUCACAAAAGUUGCCAUAUAAAAAUCAUCUUUAUGUGAAAUAUACACAUAAAAAGGCCCAAGAUAGGCAAAGCAUGUUCAUUUAUGCAAUAUAUUUUGAUAAAGCCAUAUCUAGGUAAGAGCUGGGCUAAAUGCUUUAUAGUAUUUUAUCCAAUCUGGUAAUCAGGGUUGUAAAUGUCAGUAUGAUUAUAUAAAUAAAAUUAAGUUACAAAAAAAUAUGAAAAUUCUUUAUAUGAGAUUGUAAAUUUGAGGGCACAUUAAAAAAACCUUUGCUUUGAAUGUCAGAAACAUAAAAACUGUAUAUAGUGUAAAUAAAUAUCAGUUUUCAU